CAGCAAUAAUGCCAGGGUAGUCAACUCUAUUAUAUGAAUCAAAGCUUCCACACUGCUAUUUGUGCUAUGCUCCCCGCAACCCCCGAGUAUCAAGCAAAUCAAGCAGAUCUAUCUGGAACAUGACUUCUUCCGAACAAUGGGGGAUUUUCCUCCAUCGAUGCUUGUUGCAUCGAAUCGACGCAGCAGAGUUCAAGAGCCUAUCGCGACUACUAUUGCAGCGCUGCCCAAUUACUGAAGCCCUGCUGCUAGAUGUGCUACUUGAGACGCGACUUAGCACAGGGAUCAAGUGGGACCCGCUUCUUCCGCUGUACAUAGACUGUCUUUGCAAGAUGGGCCUUGUCCAGACGUCGACCGUGUUGAAAGCCCUUCUAAAGCAUUCUUCAAUCCACGACAAAAAUCAAUCGUCAUCAGUGGAGGUCUAUCCGGGCAAGAAGAGUCGAAGUUGCUACACUCUUAUGACGGACAUCAGAGUUGUCCAGGAUGCUAUGCUGUCCGUCUCUACCGGCAGUGUCCCCAAGUCAUUUUCAGAAGCGAUAUCAAUUUUCACCGCCAUCAUCGACUGGAUUCAGGCUGUUGUGGCCUGGAACAGCAGUCAUAUUGAUUCUGGCCAUCAGAACCCAGGCUUAAUCAGUUCUCCCGACGCAGUUUCGCUGUUCGAGUCCUUGGGUAUCUUGCUUGCUGCUUUGUCGGGCACUACGAAAGGACUCGAAGUCCUUUCAGCCGACUCUCAGGAAGCCUUGAAAGUAAAACUGGGACAGGCUCUGUCGGCAUACCUUCCCAUCUGUGUUGAAGUGUCACUACCACUACGUAAUCGACUUGACAGCCUGCAGAAAGAGUUCAACCUUUACGGUGAAACUCCGGCUAAGCCGUUGGAUGUCUCGAUGAUGGAAGGUGUCAACGUCAAUGCGCUUCAGUUUGAGGCGUCAGUUAUGGACGGUCCUAUGAUCAAUUCGAGAGCUGGCCUCUUCGUCUAUAUCAAUGCGAUGCUGGUAGGACGUCCUUUGGUUGAUGACAGCAUGCUUCUGAACUACUUGUCGAACAGAUAUGGGGGUCAUUAUGAAGUUCUUAUUGAGGAAACUAUCACUGCAGCAUUUGACGUGCUUUCGAACGCAAGCUACCGUAGCGAGUCCAACCGGUCGAUGUUUCUAUUUCGAUCGUUCCUCGUGAACAAACUACCUGCCUUUUUUGCCGCCAUGCUGGCAGCAUCUAUGGUUACCUUACCGAUGGAACUAUGUAUCAGUCAUGCGCUGGGUCGACUAGAUCCAAAUACGUUUCCCUCCUUUUCGCAGAUGUUUACCAUGCAAAGCAAUACUGCUCUCUCGGACGUGAGGCAGGAAUUUCUUUUCGCAUGCGCCUCGCACAAAUUGAUCCCUGAAUCCAGCAUCGAGCGACUUCUUGGAGAAAAUCCUAUGCAAACACUCCCUGUAGGGGGGCCGUAUAACAAAGAUGAUCUUGUCAACCAGAUCAAUGCUAACCCGGAACGAGCCGAGCACUUGAUAGGUGAGAUCGAAUCGAUGGAGGGAAACGCCGGUGCAAUCGUUGGCGCGAUCAUCGAGGUCAUGCACAACCUUUGCAAUCAAAAGGAAACGAUGACAUUAAAGAAUAUCUGCAACUCGCUCUCUCGCCGGCCCCAGGCUAUGGAUGUCAUUCUGUUGUUUCGAAGCACAAAACAGGUGCUGCAACCGUUGUGCUCAUUGCUGGAUGCCUGGCAUUGGGAUGAGGAUCAAGGAGAAAGCCAGCCUGUCUACGACGAGUUUGGUAGCAUCUUACUGUUAGUGCUCGCCUUCACAUAUCGGUAUGGCUUGCGAGCACAUGACCUUGGACUUGGUGGCAGCAAUUCAUUUGUUCUGCAAAUUCUUGGGGGUGGCUCAUGCAGUCAGAAACUGGAUUCUCUGAGCGACAAGCAAAACAAGAACUUGGGGGGCUGGAUCACGGCUUUAUUCAUCGCCGAAGGCAUCAGCGAAGAGACAAUGUCGGCAUGUAGCCCGCAAGAGUUUUAUCUUCUUGUUGCUACUCUGUUCAGCCAAAGUCUUGGGGCGUGCGAGGCCGGGAAAUUGGAAUUCGACACACUCAAAGGUGGAUCUGAGUAUCUCCUCGAACCGUUUCUUCUUCCAUCGCUUGUUCUGGCCUUAAAUUGGCUAGGUAACCACAUAUGGGAAACGGAGGGCGACCCUUCGAUCCCCCUGAAAGCUUUACAUUCCCUGAUCAAUCCCACCUCGAUAUCAGGCGAAGCCAAAGAGAUACAUCGCACCGUCUUGAACAUGACUGCACGCAGGCUGGAGGAACAAUUGAAGGAUGUUCGUGCCCGACACCCGUCUCGUACAGACAUCAAGCCGAUCCUUGAUGCACUCGAACCAUGCUUAUCUUUCGAGCGAAGCGGCAGCUGUCACCGGAGUGAGCUAGACUCGUGGACAUCACAUUCGCCCGGAGGGCUUCUAGGCAGUAUACGAAGUGCCUUUCAAUCCCUUGUACUGUGGAGCGCAAGUCCGCACGUCAGUGUUGCACCGCACUCUUACACGCACCGACAACUCGUGACUGGCGUUCUGCUUCUUGGGGCCACACGCGUUCUAGGGGCCUUGGUUGAAGAACUCAAGUUGCAGACCGAGACUGGCAGCGGUGAUAUAGCCCUUGAUAUUGCAGCGACGCUGAUUUGCGCACCUAUGGCCGAGUACUUUGCCAUCGACCAGAAUAAUCACUCUCACCAGCCCCUAGAUCCUACCAAAGAAUCCUUUCCACGAUGCCCGAUUCUCACCCUCCGGAGCGCUCUCAAUCUACUUCAUGACAACAUACCGAAGAUUUCCGAAAAGGAUCCAUCACGCGCUGAAGUCAUCGUCCGGCUGUAUCGGCGGGUAAACGCACUCAUGACCCCACCGGCCCAGGUCCCGAAUUUGGAUAUGAAUAAUAUAAUUCAGCACAUGCAGCUUGGUGUGGGAGGCCCUGGGCAGAUGGAUCUCGACCCACAGGGAGCAUCCGGGCAUGGUGUCACUGAUGACGACGCGGCAAAUCUCAAUCGCAUGUUGGACAAUGCGGCGGCUGCGGCUGUGGUGGGAAUGGACGGAGGCCAGACCAUGGGUGGUAUCGGACUUGAAUCGUCGAGUGGACUGGAUACGAGUAUUGAUGAUGUUUUGAACGCUGCUGAUAUGGCUGUCGGGAAUCCGGAGUUCCUUGACUUGGAUAUGGAAGGUCUAUUCUAAUAGAGGCUGUUCAAGAAGGCUGUAAAGUACGGUGUCCGUCGUGGGUCGACUAUUAGCAUCGAGCAUUGCAUUGUACCCUCUCCGAUUUGAACUCAAGUUGUGAUAUCCACAUGCCAAGCGCCAUUCUGCG